AAGCCACUUUUAACUACAUGAAUUGCCCCCUAAACGCACUACUUAAUGAUAUCAUGACGAACGAUAACACACAGCAACAUAGAAUCUAUUACUGUAAAUCCAAUAACCUAUCCCGCACUACUCUAAAGACUCUUUUUGAAUUAUCUUGGGCAUCAGCUUCACAUACCCCAAAAGAAUAUCAUUGUUCAGAGAACCUUGCCACGACAUGCUUCGACCGGCCAACCAACUGCGCCUGGCAACCAAGUUCCCCGCUCCAGCUGCCAAGACGUCCGCAGUUGCAGCACAUCUGACCACCCAAUCAUCGUCAUCAAAGACCGGAAACACACAAAAAGCCACACGCGAUCAGACGCAAGCCACAUCGGCCGAAGACAGCGCUGAAACCGUACAGAUGGAGAAGAGGGAGAAGAAGACAAUCGCGGAGCUGGACGAGGAAUUGCGAUUGAAGCUGGAGGGUAUGUCAGGAGAGGGCGGCGCGGCAGGUGUCGAGUACGAGAAUGGGAGGGCCGAAGGACUGAAAAGAGGGGUGAAGUCGAACAUGUUUAGAGUUAUCUGAGCCAGGCAAGAUGUUUUCUAAGGUUUGGAGCGCAAACGAAGGAUGUUGGCCUGCUUUUCCCACGGACAACACUACCAAGAAGUCACAUCUCCAAACGGAUGGCACCAAGCCGCCUAUCAAGCUUGUACGUCUGGAACCCGGCUGCUUAUUGCAUCUCACGGCGACGGUUUUCUUAUUUAAACACUAGCACCUUCUCACCACGCGGUUUGCAAACGCCGGAUCGAUAUGCCAUGCUGGAUUGUAUGAUUGCGCGCCAUUGAAGGUUAGAUAUUAAUAGGCGGUUGGCCGUAACUAGGUUUAAUGACUACGCGUGCCGCUGAGUUUAAUAAGCUGAGGUUAAUAUGCCGAGGGUCAACACAAAGUCAAAUUGCGCACUAGCCCCCCCAGACCGCAC